AGAAACAGGACGGCUAGUGACAGAGAGCUGAAAAACACAACACGUUUUUAUUUAUUAACUUGUCCACUUUCCUGCGUUAAUAUCACCGGCUAACCAGCUUACACCACAGCCCAAAACUGUACCAUGGUCGGUGUUAAAGUGAUCGGGAGCGACCCGGACUUCCAGCCAGAGUUAGCGGCCGCCGGCUCUAGGCUCGCCGUGGUGAAGUUCACAAUGGCCGGGUGUCGGCCCUGUGUUAGAAUAGCUCCGGCUUUCAACAUGCUGAGCAACAAGUACCCACAGGUUGUCUUCCUCGAAGUAGAUGUUCAUGUCUGUCAGGCGACGGCAGCAGCCAACAACAUCUCAGCAACGCCGACCUUCUUGUUCUUCAGGAACAGGGUGCGGGUGGAUCAGUAUCAAGGGGCGGACUCUGCCGGUCUGGAGGAGAAGAUCAAACAGCACACAGAGAACGACCCCGGUAACAAUGAGGACUCUGACAUUCCAAAGGGAUACAUGGACCUCAUGCCUUUUGUCAACAAAGCCGGGUGCGAGUGCCUCAACGAGAGCGAUGACUGUGGCUUCGAUAACUGCUUAAUCAAAGACUCGACCUACUUGGAGUCUGACUGUGAUGAACAGUUGCUGAUAACUAUGGCCUUCAACCAGCCCGUCAAGCUCUUCUCUAUGAAAAUACAGUCUUCAGAAUUUGCCCAAUCCCCUAAGGUGGUGAAGGUGUUCAUCAACCUCCCCCGGUCGAUGGGUUUCGACGACGCUGAGCGGAGCGAAGCCACUCAGGCUUUGGAUCUGUCGGAGGAAGACUACAAAGACGACGGGUUGAUUCCUCUGCGCUACGUCAAGUUCCAGAACGUACAGAGUGUUACGUUGUUUAUCAAGUCAAACCAAGGAGAUGAGGAGACGACAAAAAUCAACUACCUGACAUUCAUAGGCACCCCAGUGCAGGCCACCAAUAUGAACGACUUCAAAAGGGUUGUGGGAAAGAAAGGAGAGAGUCACUGAGCAGGAGAACGAAGGGCGAGGAAGAGAAGACGACGAAGAAGAAGUACAAGAAGAAGAAGAGGAGGAGAAGGAUGCUCCAGAUACAUCCAAGGACUUUCCCUCAGCCAAAGCUGCCACAUACACUCUACUGUCUCUCUAACACACACAUACACACAACAACCUCCAGCAGUCCUCCUUAAAGUUCUGAAUGAAUUCUCUCUGUGGAGACUCUCAGUCUAUAAAUCAUUUGUAUUGUAAUUCUGAUGAAAGUCACUGUAAAUAAAAACAAUCCUUUUUCAAAGGCA